GGGUUUUUAAUUGCGAAUUUUGUUUUGUUCCCCUUCUUAAUUCCCUUAUUUGUAAUCAAAUUGGGAUCGUUUCUGUAGUUUCGUUGCCUCAAACUUUCUGUGUUUGUUCAACUUGUUUCCAUGUUGGUGAGCAUUGCCUUGAGGGGACUGGAAUAAAAGGUGCUUGUAGCCUAUCUUUAUGCUUGAGCAGAUUUUAUCUCCACUAGAGAAAGAACUUGAGUAAGGCUUAUCCAUGUUUAGUAUGGACGGAAAACCCACAGGGAUAUUCUGGAUGAAUAACGUUUACAGGAAGCUUGAAGCUAUGUACACAGAGGUGGAUAGGAGUCAUACUCAGUUUGUUAAGGAAACAACCAAAUAUGUUGAGACCCAAAUGAACAAUGUCGGUGACAAUGUUCGUAGAUUCUAUGAGGAAGUUAUGCAAGAUUUGCUUCCUCCAUCUUCUGAGGAUCCGAUUUGCCUGCACCCUUCUGUCCCCUUAGAUGAAGGCUUUGUGCCGCGUCCUGAGGAUUCGAUUAGGCUGCACCCUUCUGUCCCCUUGGAUGAAGGCUUUGUGCUGUCUCCUGAGGAUCCGAUUAACCUGCACCCUUCUGUCCCCUUGGAUGAAGGCUUUGCAACACAAGAUACUGAUAAAGAAAAGGUGGAGUCUGUAAUGUCUUCUUUAAAUGAAGAAGCAUUGCUACCUGUUGUUGAAUCAGAGGAUUGCAGUGAAGAACCUCUGGACCUCAAACCUGCCAUUUUACCUGAAACAUCUUUUGAACUAAAUCAUGGGAAAGAGUGUGUCACUUUAAACCAGAUAUCCGUCACACUCCCAGUCGAUAUUUUGGAAUCUGAUUUUCAAAAGAAAACAGUUAAAAAUGAUGUUGCAGAUUGUAGGGUGCAUUCAGUUCUUGUUGAUGUCCCAUCACCUGAAGCAAACCUGCCAGAUUUACCUGCUGACAACAAGACAGACCACGAGGAUGGACUUUUUGUUUUAAACGAAUCAACUGAACCAUCUUGCAGUGGAUCUGAGAAAGAUAUUGAAACUACCCAGCUGGAUGCUAUAUUCCAAGAACAAGAAUCCGAUCUUGUUGCUGGAAGCUCUAAUGAUUCAGUACCCAGAGAGCUGAACAAGGAGGAUAUUGGGAUUGAUUUGAAUGCAACCCAUGUCGAAGAACUUCAGGAAACUGAGCAUGGAGAAUGCUUAGUGGCAAAUAAACCAGCUCGUGUUAUCUCUAGCCAGUCAAGUAAAACAAAGGGAGCUUCUGCCGCAAAAUUUCCAUUGGCGAAGGUAGAUGACUUUGAGCAGGUAGCAUAUUGGUACGAUGUAGAUAUGAAUUUGGAAAUGAAGAAAAAGGAGGGAAAUUGCUCAAAUUCAUUUCUUGUUGAAGCCUUGGACUCUGAGAAAUGGCAGACUAUUGAGUCCUCUGAAAUCGAUGACUGGGAGUUGGUAUGAAUUAGGACAGUCGAGGGACCCAUACGCUCUAUGUAUGUUUCUGUAAAUAAAGGGCUGCCCAUGUGGGGAUCCCUUCGUUUCUGAUAGCAACUCUUUCUCUUAACGCUGUGGACGCUUCUAGCACAACUUUCAACAUGAGUAACUUUCUGCGUUUCUGAUCAAGGCAUAUAUAACUUAUAAUAAAGAUAAACCUCGUGUCCAUAAAUUAUUGACGUUUAAAGGUGAGUUUGUCCUAGUGACACUCUGGCUAAAUUGUUUAUUUGUAAAAACCGCUUUUUCUAGGUACAUGGUGAAACGUGAAAUGGAAUGGUAAUGUAAUCUGGUUGCUUGAACU